CCAGAAAAGCAUAGCAGGAAAGCUGAGGGGAAGGGGACGGACAAAAAGAGAUCGGACAGGAGAGAGAAAGAACGUAUAAUUUGGGUGAAUUACUAAUAGACCAUUAUUGUUCAUUUUUUGUCGUUCCGAGUUCCUUUCAUUGUGAACUUUCCCCCCGAAGUUGUUUCGACGAGGAACUCUCUCGUAACCAAAUAGGCACGCUCGAGCAGCGCAUGGUUUGACAGAACUUAACAACAGAGGUAGGCUACUUUUAGAUUCAAAACAGAGAACUGAACUGAAGCUCCUCUACAGUAGAUGCGAACUGCUUGGCUGACUGUCUUUGAUCGUUAUUUACUAGUAGCAAACCUCAACGCAUGUAUCUUCUAUUGAUCUUGAAGUGUAAUUCCAAACGCGUAAAGUUGUCAAAGGACAUGCCGAUUUGCAUAUCCAGAACAAUAGCACAUUUGUAGCGGCGUUUCAAAGCUGACUGGCCAGCACACCGUCGCGGAGAAGAAAAGAGCACCUCCGAGUUUGCACCCACAGUACCAAGAGGACAUUGACGGACUAUGGCGGCGGUAACAAGCCCAGAAUCGAGCCCACAGCCCCGCGUGUACUUCCAGACGCCCCCCGGCACCGAAGAGCCCGAGACCCCAGUCCGAAAGCAGGGAAGGGUGACUGUGAAAUAUGACCGGAAAGAAUUAAGAAAGAGACUGAACCUUGAAGAAUGGAUUAUAGACCAACUGACGGAUCUGUAUGAUUGUGAGGAGGAAGCCAUCCCUGAGCUGGAGAUUGAUGUGGAUGAGCUGCUGGACAUGCAGAAUGAUGCUGAUCGUGCCUCAAGGGUCAAGGACCUGCUCGUAGAAUGUUACAAACCUACUGAUGACUUUGUUACUGAGCUGCUGGACAGGAUCCGCGGCAUGAACAAACUCACACCUCAGAAGAAAUAGAAGCCUACCCUGCCAUCCACCCUCUCUCCCUGCAUCCCUCCCUCCCUGCAUCCCUCCUCCUUCCCAUCCUCCCUUUAUCUCCCUCCCUUCCUUCUCUUCUGCUUCUCUCAUCCUUUGCUCCAAGAGAGCUCAUACACCUGUCCAGAGCUGAUGGAAGUAGGGUGUCCGUAGACUAAAGGCAGGAAUAUGCUUGCUGUGUGACCCUCCAUAGGCAUACAACCGUGUGUGAAGGAGACACUGGAGGUGUCACCAAAGGGGAUAAGCAAUCUGGCUCUCCCCAAAACUUUCAGAUGAUCACCCCCAUUAGUGGGGUCAAAUUUGCACCUGUCUACAUGCCUGCGCACCUUGCGUUGAGGUGUGGUACCAUGCACAAGGCUGACAUAAAAAUAUACAUGGCAAUGCAUUCCUGCACAAAUUGUGUACGUGCAUGCAUUUCCUCUGGCAAGCAUAUUCCAUCCAUUAGAUAUGUAUCAAUAUAAUGUGUAUGGGGGUGUCUGGUGGGUGGGAUCAGGGAGAGGAGAGGUGGAAGCAAACUAUUGUCAAUCAAAGCUGUUUUAAUAAGCAGGGCUUAUCUUCACCAUCUCAAUGUAUUUUAUUAUAUUUUUGCUUUAUUUUUGGGUUGUUAUGUUAUGUAUUUUUUUCAUUUUGAAUGAACAUAUUUUUUGAACAGAAGGAAGACAUUUUUUAAAUGUAUUUGAAAAAGAAAAAAAAUGUUUUAUUUGCAAGACAGACUUUCAUGUCGUGUUGCUUUAGUGCUUUUCUGGGGUUUUUUUUGGAAUUUUUUGUGUGUUAACUUUUUUGGGGGGCUUGGGGUUAUACUCGUUCAUAUGUACUACAAGUUGCCGAGCGUGCCAUUAAACGGAAGGCACCAAUCGGCCCAUGGGCAGGUUCCUUCAUGUUUGUUUCCGCCAAUCGUUGGGCUAGCAGCACUGUUGGCUCUCAGCCAAUCACAUGAAGCCGUUAUAGCAGUGUGGCUGCAUCGGCCAAUGGGGACAAACGCGUACAGGCGGCCACGGUAUACGAGAGAGAUUCAAAAUAAUGAGGCCUUGUAUUUUUUUUUUUUGUAUUUUAUUUAUUCCUUCUGUUUUUUAUUUUUUCUGACCUUUCUUCCCCUUCGUAUAGUGUACAGUUAAGGGCUUAGUAUGACAUGAUGGUUUGUCAUGUCACUUUUUUAGCAUAGAUCACAUAAAAGAGGGGGAAAGUCAGAGGUGCAGGAAAAAGAGGGACACACACACACACACACACACACACACGCUCAGACACAAACAAACAAACAAACAAACAGAUGCACAGACUGAGACGACACAGACCACUGUUGCCCUCAGGGAACUGCAAGAACGCACGCCAACACAUAUACACACACUCACACGUGC